AGCCAUGCGCGCUCGGCGGCGGGCGGGCAGCGCGCUCCGCGCACGGCAGCCGGGCCCUUCCUCCCCGCGGGACGGGACCGCUCGCGGACUAAAACUCUGUGGAUACAAUGAAGUGGCUCUGGGACUCUUGGUUUAGCAGGAAAAAUUAAAUAAACCCCAAUCUGUUUCCACUACUAGGAGUAAAGACCAGUAAAGACAAAGCAGGAUGAAAAGAUGGCUGACUUCUUGUUACCACCGGGUACUAACAGCUUCCACCGGUUCACGCCCGAGUCCUUGGCUGCCAUCGAGAAGCGAAUUGCAGAGAAGCUCGCCAGGAAUGCCAAGCAGGAAUACAGAGAGCAGCUGGGCGAGGAAGAGAAACCUCAGCCUCAGUUUGACUUGCAAGCUUGCAAGAAGCUGCCUGAUAUCUAUGGGACUGUUUCUCCAGAGCUCAUUGGGGAGCCCUUGGAGGACAUCGACCCUUUCUACAAUGAUCGUAAGACAUUUAUAGUGCUGAACAAAGGGAAGACAAUCUUUCGAUUUAGUGCCACUCCUGCCUUGUACAUACUUAGUCCUUUCCAUCCAAUCAGAAGAGCUGCAAUUAAAAUUUUGGUACAUUCAUUGUUCAGUAUGUUUAUUAUGUGCACUAUUUUAACUAAUUGUGUGUUCAUGGCACAAUCAGAGACUCCAUCAUGGAAUAAAUAUGUUGAGUACACUUUCACUGGCAUUUACACUUUUGAGUCAUUGAUAAAGAUAUUGGCAAGAGGAUUUUGCAUGACAGAAUUCACCUUCCUUCGGGAUCCAUGGAACUGGCUGGAUUUCAGUGUUAUUGUUAUGGCAUACAUAACUGAAUUUGUGGACCUGGGCAAUGUCUCAGCCUUACGAACGUUCAGAGUACUGCGGGCGCUGAAAACAAUCUCAGUCAUUUCAGGGCUGAAGACCAUUGUAGGGGCACUUAUCCAGUCUGUUAAGAAACUUGCAGAUGUGAUGAUCCUGACCGUUUUCUGCUUGAGUGUCUUUGCCCUCAUAGGCCUCCAGCUCUUCAUGGGCAACCUGAGACACAAAUGUGUCAGGGAUUACACCAUGUUUAACUUCACCAAUGGCUCCUUGUACUUGGAUGGUAGGACAUGGAACAGCUCAGAGGAAUUUCUUAGUGAUCCAGUGAACUAUUUCAUAAAAAAUGGUACAGAAGAUGUGUUACUGUGUGGCAACAGCACUGAUGCUGGCACGUGCCCUGAGGGAUAUAUAUGUCUGAAGGCUGGGGAAAAUCCUGACCAUGGUUACACGAGCUUUGAUACAUUUGGCUGGGCCUUUCUCUCCUUGUUCCGUCUUAUGACCCAAGAUUACUGGGAACGUCUUUACCAACAGACUCUCAGAUCUGCUGGGAAGAUCUACAUGCUUUUUUUCAUGCUGGUCAUCUUUCUGGGCUCGUUUUACCUGAUCAACCUAAUUCUGGCUGUUGUGGCCAUGGCAUAUGAGGAGCAGAACCAAGCCACUAUUGCUGAAACAGAGGAGAAGGAAAGAAAGUUUCGGGAAGCCAUGGAGAUGUUGAAGAAAGAGCAGGAGGCACUAGCAGCUAAAGGAAUUGAUUCAAUGUCACUCAGCUCAUUGGAAAUGUCACCUAAAAGUGCAAAAGAAAGAAGAAAUAAGAGAAAGAAAAAGAAAUCUUUGGGGACAGACGAGUAUGGGGAAGACCAAAGGAAUCCCAAGUGUGACUACGAUGAUGGUCAAAGGAGGAUGACUUCCCCCUCGGACGAGGCAAGCAAGAAACAGCUUUUAAUGCCCCACCGGCCCUCAGUGGACCACUCAGAUGAGCCCUUUCAGAGGCAGAGGGCAGUGAGUGCUGUCAGCAUCAUCACCAGUGCCCUGGAAGAGCUUGAAGAAUCGCACCAGAAAUGUCCUCCCUGCUGGAACCACUUUGCCGUUAAAUUCCUCAUUUGGGAUUGCUGCCCACUUUGGCUUUUAAUCAAGAAAUUUGUCAAGUUUGUGGUAAUGGACCCGUUUACCGACCUCACCAUCACGCUGUGCAUUGUGCUGAACACGCUCUUCAUGGCCCUGGAGCAUUACAAGAUGACCAAGGAGUUUGAGCACAUGCUGUACAUAGGCAAUUUGGUCUUCACUGGGAUUUUUACAGCAGAAAUGAUCUUCAAAGUAAUUGCCCUUGACCCCUACUACUAUUUCCAACAGGGCUGGAAUAUUUUUGACAGCAUAAUUGUUAUUCUAAGCCUGAUGGAACUGGGUUUGUCCAGCAUGGGAAACCUGUCUGUUUUACGCUCCUUUCGACUGCUGCGAGUCUUCAAGUUGGCAAAGUCCUGGCCAACCUUAAACACGCUCAUUAAAAUCAUUGGUAACUCAGUGGGUGCCCUUGGUAACCUCACUCUCGUGCUGGCCAUCAUCGUCUUCAUUUUUGCCGUGGUAGGAAUGCAGCUUUUUGGGAAAAGCUACUUGGACAAUGUGAAGAAGAUAAGCACCACUGGCAAUCUGCCACGGUGGCACAUGAAUGACUUCUUCCACUCGUUCCUCAUCAUCUUCCGAAUUUUGUGUGGAGAGUGGAUUGAGACCAUGUGGGACUGUAUGGAAGUAGCUGGGCAGCCACUGUGCCUUCUCGUCUUCUUGUUGGUCAUGGUGAUAGGAAACCUGGUGGUGCUCAACCUGUUCCUUGCCUUGCUGCUGAGCUCCUUCAGCGCCGACAACCUCUCGGCCCCGGACGAGGACGGCGAGAUGAACAACCUGCAGCUCGCCUUCGCCCGCAUCAACAGGGGCCUGCAGUACGCCAAAAAAGCCGCCUGGAACUUCUGCUGCAACGUCCUCCGGCACCCCAAGACCACAGCUGAGAAGAAGGCCAUGAUGAAACUCGCUGCCCAGAACCCAGGAGCCCUCAACAACUGCGUGAACAGCCACGCCACCGCCGAGCUCGGCAAAGACGUGGAGAACCACAAGGAGAAUCGUGCUGAGGAUGGAGUGAAUAAAAACGGAGAGAAACACCCAGCCAUUACGGAUGAUGAUUUUAUGACCAAUCCUGACCUGUCCAUUUGUGUUCCUAUUGCUGUGGGUGAGUCGGAUAUCGAGGAGGAGGAUGAGGAGCAGAGCACCUUUACGGAAAUGGAGCAGCAGGAAAAGCAGCUGCAGCUGAGGGGGCAGCGAUGCCAAAGCCCAGGCGUCCGGAGUCAGAACUCUGAGAUUUAUGAAGAGUUAAGUGAGUUACACGUGGAUAAGCAGUUGAAGGCUGAGCCACCACCUCCAGUAGGGCAAAAAGAGCUUGAUGAAAUCAGUCUUUCUGAAGGCAGCACAGUGGAUUUGACAAAUCCUGCAGAACUGCUGGAGCAGAUCCCUGAGUUUGCUGAGGAGCUGAUGGAGCCUGAAGAUUGCUUCCCUGAAGUCUGUGUGCGAUUCUUCCCAUGCUGUUCCGUGGACAUCACAAAAUUUCCAGGCAAAAUUUGGUGGAGGCUGCGAAAGACAUGUUACAGAAUCGUGGAGCACAACUGGUUUGAAACAUUCAUCAUCUUCAUGAUCCUGCUGAGCAGUGGAGCCCUGGCCUUUGAAGAUAUUUACCUUGAAGAUCGAAAAAACAUAAAAACCAUGCUGGAAUAUGCUGACAAAGUAUUCACUUACAUCUUCGUCCUGGAGAUGCUCCUGAAGUGGGUGGCUUAUGGCUUCAAGAAGUACUUCACCAACGCCUGGUGCUGGCUGGACUUCCUGAUUGUAGAUGUGUCUUUGAUCAGCCUGGUUGCCAGCACUCUUGGAUACUCCGAGAUGGGUCCCAUCAAAUCCCUGCGGACCCUCCGUGCCCUGCGGCCACUGAGAGCCCUGUCACGGUUUGAGGGGAUGAGGGUGGUGGUCAAUGCCCUUGUGGGAGCCAUCCCUUCCAUCAUGAAUGUUCUGCUCGUCUGCCUCAUCUUCUGGCUCAUCUUCAGCAUCAUGGGAGUGAACCUCUUUGCUGGGAAGUUUGGGAAGUGCAUUAAUAAGACAGAAGGAGAUAUGCCUUUGGACUCUAAAAUUAUUAACAACAUGAGUGACUGCAUACUUUACAACGUGUCAGGCACGUUUUACUGGACAAAAGUCAAAGUUAACUUUGAUAAUGUUGGUGCUGGGUACCUGGCUCUGCUGCAAGUGGCCACAUUUAAAGGCUGGAUGGAUAUUAUGUAUGCAGCAGUGGAUUCAAGAGAGUGCGAGGAGCAGCCUGAAUGGGAAUGUAAUUUAUACAUGUACCUUUACUUUGUGAUUUUCAUCAUCUUCGGGUCUUUCUUCACAUUGAACCUCUUCAUUGGUGUCAUCAUUGACAAUUUUAACCAACAAAAGAAAAAGUUAGGUGGCCAGGACAUCUUCAUGACAGAAGAACAGAAAAAGUAUUAUAAUGCAAUGAAAAAGCUGGGAUCUAAGAAACCUCAAAAGCCAAUCCCAAGGCCACUGAACAAAUACCAAGGUUUUAUUUUUGAUGUCGUCUCAAAACAAGCCUUCGAUGUCUCCAUCAUGAUUCUCAUCUGCCUUAACAUGGUUACCAUGAUGGUGGAAACAGAUGACCAAAGUCAAGAAAAAGUGAACAUCCUCCACAAAAUCAACAUGCUUUUUGUUGCCAUCUUCACUGGGGAGUGCAUCUUCAAAAUGCUGGCUCUGCGACACUACUACUUCACCAACGGCUGGAACAUUUUUGACUUUGUGGUUGUGAUUCUGUCCAUCGUAGGCACCGUACUUUCUGACAUCAUCCAGAAAUAUUUCUUCUCUCCCACACUCUUCAGAGUCAUUCGUUUGGCUCGGAUUGGCCGGAUCCUGAGACUCAUCCGGGGAGCCAAAGGAAUUCGAACUCUCCUGUUUGCCUUAAUGAUGUCCCUUCCUGCUCUGUUCAACAUUGGCCUCUUGCUUUUUCUGGUCAUGUUCAUUUAUGCCAUUUUUGGCAUGGCUAACUUUGCCUAUGUGAAGAAGGAGUAUGGGAUUGAUGAUAUGUUCAACUUCCAAACCUUUGCUAACAGCAUGCUCUGUCUCUUCCAAAUCACCACGUCAGCUGGCUGGGAUGGUCUUCUCAACCCCAUUUUAAACACUGGACCACCGUAUUGUGACCCAAACCUUCCCAAUGCAAAUGGUUCAAAGGGAGACUGCGGGAGCCCUGCCGUAGGGAUUUUAUUCUUUGUCACAUAUAUCAUUAUAUCAUUUCUCAUUGUUGUAAACAUGUAUAUAGCCAUUAUUUUAGAGAACUUCAGUGUAGCCACUGAGGAAAGUACAGAGCCUCUAAGCGAGGAUGAUUUUGAUAUGUUCUAUGAAAUCUGGGAGAAGUUUGACCCUGAAGCCACUCAGUUUAUUGAGUAUUCUGCACUUUCAGACUUUGCAGACGCGCUGUCAGAACCUUUGCGCAUAGCGAAACCAAACAAAAUCAAACUCAUAGCGAUGGACCUGCCCAUGGUCAGUGGAGACAGGAUCCAUUGCUUGGAUAUUUUGUUUGCUUUUACAAAAAGGGUGCUAGGAGAAUCCGGAGAGAUGGAUGCCCUUAAAAUACAGAUGGAAGAGAAGUUCAUGGCAGCCAAUCCCUCCAAGAUCUCCUACGAGCCGAUUACAACGACGCUCAGGCGGAAACAAGAAGAGGUCUCCGCCAUCGUCAUCCAGAGGGCCUACAGGAGACAUUUGUUCCGGCGCUCCAUGAAGCAGGCAUCCUACUUGUACCGGCACAGAACUUUGGAGAGCAGCAUCCUGGAGGACGAUGCGCCCGAGAAGGAGGGUCUCAUUGCGUUCAUGAUGAACGAAAACUACGGCAGGCCCAUAGACAAAUCAGAAACUCUGUCCUCCACCUCUUUCCCUCCAUCCUACGACAGCGUCACCAGAGGCACGAGUGAAAACCUCCAGCUGAAGAUAACGGAUGUGAGCAAAAGUGAUGAGGCUAUAGAUUGUCUUCUCUCACCCGACAAGGAUAAGGAAUCAAUUGUUUAAAUGUUUGUUUAGAAUGCUUUAAAACAUUGUUUACAGAAUGUAAUGCUGUAACUACACAACGAUUGAAGCAGCCUUCUUAUUAAAAAUUAGUUGCAAAAGAAACAGUGGAGUUUUUACCCUUAACUACAGGAGUCUAAUAAGUCAUAUAACAUUUGACCCUGCUCUUUUUGACUUGGCUCAAUAUUUAUAUUUAUAUAUGCACAGGAAGAUUCUCUGCAGGGUCAUAGCUGUUAUAUCAAUGGUGUGAAUAAGAAUAGGCUAGACUGUAAAACAGUAAACACAGUGUAUAUCUAUCCACAGAUAAAGCCUGGCUGUAUACAUUCAUUUAAGGUCUUACUCGUAUUAGUGUGUUUACUUAUGGCAAUGUAUGACCUUGCAUUCUAAAAAGAAAAAAAAAAAUCACAGCUGCUGUAGCAAAAUGUAACACUUACUGUAUAUGUUGUGAAUGGUCUUUCAUAAAUUUAUUAUAUUUGAUAUUUUUUUACUUAAAAAAAAAUGAAGUCUCUUUUUCCAUGGAGAUUAAUGAUCCUUACACUCUUCAUGAUGAACUCUGAGUCAAGGUAAUAGAAACUCGUGGGAUCCCCAUCACUUGAAGAGGAAAGUUGUUGCAAAUUGAAGUAUCAAGUUAGCAACAUUUAAACUGUUGAUUACACUAAGCCCUCCCUCUUGAGACUUGCAACUGCACAUCAGCAGAAACACACACAAAAACAAAAACAAAAACAAGAAAAAAAAAAACAAAAACAAAACAAAACAAAACAAAAAACAACAAAAAAACAGAGAAGCAAAUGAUGUCAAAAUAAUGAGAGAAAUGGUUUGUUCUAUCCUUCAGGAAACUAGACUAUAAUGGAUUCUGUUUGUAAAACUGUUAAUAAAAGCACUAAUUUUUUAGUAUGUUUCAAGAAUCUGCUUUGAAAUCCGCAAUCAAACUCGCCAUAGAAGUAGCGCAUCACGUUUGUGUGUAGUGAUCCAAAGCACCAUCUAGGCUGGCAAAGUUUCUGUUAAGGUAGUGGGAUAGGUUACAUUUUCCCCAGGAACACUGAGCUAAGCAGCCUUAUUUGGAGCUCUGUGCAUCAAUAUUACUCAAAAAAAAAAAUAAUUUUGAAUACUACUAGUGGUAAUAAAUCAAUGCCAACUGGGCUGUGCAGAAUAGCUGUGACAGUGUGAUCAAGAAGGUGGGAGGGGAAUUACCUCUGGAUUUGUACACGAAUUUUGAGGGUUUGAAUCCUUUCUACUCAAGGUCCAUCUUUCAUUUUCUCAGAUAGUACAGUAAGAUUUCUGGGGAAGGACAGGAAAUACAGGAACUGAUAAAAAAAUCUACUAGAUAAUAGCUAUAUCCUCAUUCCUGUAGGCAAAGUAAUAUUUACAGUUGAUGUGUCCUUCAGCUUCAGGCCAAAGAAAUGACAAUGCGGUGAAAGGUGGAUGUGUGGCUGUAGAAAAGUAUUAGAGGUUUUUACAUGGUAACAUAGUUUAUUAUUUAUUAUCUUUCAGCCUCGAUAGAAUGUGAGAAAUUAUUUAUGGAAUAUAGAGACAUGUCCAUCAUUACAGACAAGUCCUUUCUUUUUCACCUUCAGACUGAUUGUACUUGGGUUUGGUUGGACUUCAUGGAAAAUCUUGAGAUUUCUGUAAUGAGCCAUUGCACUUUAAAGGAAGAGUAAUUGUGCUUUUUCACCUUGGAGAAGCAAAGAUAUCAAGAAUGUAUUUAAGGUGUGUUGUCAUUAACAUUUAGUUACAUCCCAGGUUGUGAAGGAGUCAAAAAACACGUGGGGUUGGCAACAAGAAUUAAAGCAACACGUUACAGUCAAGUUUAUCUAUGGCCAUUGUUAUCUGUCCUCUAAACAAGUCAGAAUAUGUACGACAACGUGUCAAAAAGGAUGACAAUGUAUCUGUGUAAAUAUGGGCUAAUAUAUUCUCUCCAUUCAUUGAGAGGUGUCUCAGGCAUUCACUUGAGAGUGGUCUAUCAGUUAAUUCAGAGGAUUUGCCAUCAGGAUUCCUGGGGUCUAUUCCUGAUUCUUACUACAUGAUUUUUAGGCAAAUAAUUUAACCUAUCUGUGCCUCAGUUUACCCAUCUGUAAAAUGGGAAUAAUAAUACUUACCUACCUCACAGGGGUGUUGUAAGACUUUCUGAUUGCAAAGUGCUAUAAGGGAAUGAACCAUACUAUAUAAGUAUUAUUAUAAUCAUGCUCUCUUGCCCUUUUAACCCCAUGUCUAUGGUGUAUAAUAUAGGGCUGUUCCUCUGGGCAUUUUGUUGCCUUUAAAUCUUGUAUGUAAUUAGACUUAAGGGGACUACUCAUCGUUCCUUGAAGUAAAAACAUUCUUUAUUCCUUCCCCCCUCCCCACUCCUCACCUCCCCCAAAAACUCAGAAUUGCUCAAGGCUUCUCAAAUUAGAGAAACUUUAUAUUCCCUGUGUAUUUAUGCUGUAAUGUUAUUCUGACUGUACAUAUCACCCAGAAAGAGUAUGCGAUUUUUAUAUUUAUAUGCAUAUAUAUAUAUACACACACACAUACGUAUAUCUAUACAUAUAUAUGUAUCUUGUGAGUUUAUAGAGUGGCUGACACUCGGAGGACACGACUUACUGAUUAAAAUGUUUUCUCCUCAAUGGGAUUUAUCGAUCAUUAGCAACAAGCUGAUGCCUAUAAUGAAACUGUUUAAUUAGAAAAUAGUACAUUCAUUACUUGCUGAACAAGCAUUUAUUGGCUGACAAGUAGCAAAAUUAUUUUCCUUUCAAAGCUUUAGAAUAAAAAAAGAAAGAGGGAAAAAUACUAAGAAAAAGGAGCAUUUAUCAUGUGAUUUCUUUUCAUGUAUGAUGUAAACUGUCUGAAACCCAAGGAAAAUGCCAGCCUGCACUCAGAAAUGGGUUGUUGGUUAUGCUGCUUUAUUAACAAUAUUUUAAUUAUUUGCAGCUUAUUUUAGAAAAUAUUCAACCGCUGUUCUUAUUAAGAGAGUCAGGCCCAGUAAUGAAAGGAAUGUAAAGAGACAAUUAGCUGGUCACUGAUUUUAUUAGAGAAGAGCCCUUCCUUUGGUUAUUUCACCCUUGAGUUGAACAUUUUAGUGUCAUUGCUGUGAGACCCUAUAGUACUGAUGCAAUUACAAAUGGAUUUUUUACCCAAAACCUCUAUUAAAAAAAAAAAAAAAGAAAAAGUAAUGCAAAAAAAUCUGAAAAGAGGGUCUUAACUCUAGAUGUUUACAGUGCAACUUUCUAAAACUGAAUUGUAAAUUGCUUUCAAAAACCUUUGUAACUGGAAGGUCGGUUUUCUAUUGGGUUUUCUAUUGUUCUGUGGUGUGUUUCUUUAGGGAUGAAGAGGGAAUGGUAUCUUUGUAUGGUAUGCAGAACUCCCCUCAAAAAUGUCAAAUAAGCUCACUUGUAGAUCUUUGUUACUGGAGAUGCCGAUCCGAAUCGAGCCAUGAUGCAACCUCCCAGUGCAGUGAUUUAGUUUAAGACACUAACUCAAUAGUUGGCCCACACUGUCUAUAAGCAUGGUGAGUGCUACCAUUUUUUCUGUUGAUUUGUUCAAUAAAGGCUACCACAUGAAUCACUCGAGCUACAACAAGAGCAAGGAAAAUAUCAGCCAAUAUCAUAGGACAUAUUAAGCUGUUUGUACCUGGAAAAAUUCAAGUUUAUUAUGUUUCUUUAUUAAAUAAAUAAGGAUAACAAAUA